CAUGGAGCGUCACCCUGGUGUUUUCCUGUCAGAUUACGCCCCUCGGUGUGCGGAGAAGAGAGCGAGAUAACUGUUUGCACAGCAGCAGCCAGACUUUGAUAGAGUAACUUAGGACUUUGGACUUCUAAGACGCAUUUAUUUUUCAUCAAGCUGUAGUGCAGACUGAUAAAGAAAGCCUCGACACGGGAGUCUGAGGAAACGCAUUGACCAGUUGUGCAGUAAACGUCUCGCUAGCGGUCUGGAAGAGCGGCGAUCCUAUAUUUCAACCAACUCUGUUUGAAACAACUGGUUUUAUUUUGCGUGUGAACUUUAGCUCAGAUUAGUAUCAUUCUAGGUUAUUCUAGUUCGUUUAUUUUGCUCUUUUUAAGUACCAUUUUACACCUGGAGAAAUGUCCAGCCUGCUUCUCGUCAAACCCGAGAAAGGAAGACCGGAAGCGGCGUUACCUGGGCAACAGGCGCCGCACGAGCGUCCUCAGACCGUCUACGUCAUGUUAGACUCCUCAGCCGAAUCUGUCAAUCUCAUCAGUGUUGAACCCCUUCUUCCUGAGUCUGGGAUUGUGGCAGAUAUUGAGGUAGAAGGCGUGUUCUCCACUGAUUCGGACACUUUCUAUGAGCUGAAGAGUCAACCCAUCAUCCCAAGUGGCUCUGUGACCUCUGCUGACCCCGUGACCCCAGCCGGCUCCGUCAUGACGUCACGUGUGUUGAUGAGGCAGGAGCUGAUGCGACAGCAGGCUCAGGACCAGGAGAGACGGGAGGCCCAAAAACAGGCCUCCAGCUCUCAGCAGCGGCCCGCUGGUGCCACACCUGCUAUCCCUGUCGCAUCCACCCUGUCGGCCUCCCCGACCCAGGUGCCCGUAGAAGUGCUCAAGGUUCAAACGCACUUGGAAAACCCGACUAAGUACCACAUCCAGCAAGCUCAGAGGCAGCAAGUGAAGCAAUACCUCUCUCACACCCUUGGCAGUAAAAUAGCCAAUCAGACUCUGGCAACAUCGCCCCCGCCCCAGCCUGCCUCCGCCCCUGAGUUGGCUCCUGCCGCCAGCAGCACUCCCAGCAGCCCGCUGGCGGUGCUCAGCCUGGGAACAAACAAAGAAGAGAUCGAAGACGUCAUCGAUGGAAUCAUCAGCCUGGAAUCGAGUUUAAACGAUGAAUUUAUGACACUGAUCGACUCGGGUUUGCAGCUUCCCAACACGCUGCCGAUCUCAGGAAACCUCCUGGAUGUGUACAGCAGUCAAGGCAUGGCGGCACCCACCAUCACCGUCAGCAGCUCCUGCCCUGCAGACCUGCAAAACGUCAAGAGAGAGUUGACUGAUGCCGAGGCAAAAGCUAUUAUGAAGGAGAGACAGAAAAAAGACAAUCAUAACUUGAUUGAGAGGAGAAGAAGGUUCAACAUUAACGACCGCAUUAAGGAACUUGGAGCUCUCAUUCCAAAGUCCUCUGACCCCGAGAUGCGCUUGAACAAGGGCACCAUCCUAAAGGCGUCAGUCGAUUACAUCCGUAAGCUACAGAAGGAGCAGCAGAGAGCCAAAGAGAUGGAGACGAGACAGAGGAAACUUGAAAAUGCCAACCGCAGCCUGCUGCUGCGCAUUCAGGAACUGGAAAUGCAAGCUCGUCUCCAUGGCCUCUCCUCAUCUCAGAUCUCUGACUCCACACUGACCCAGACACAGACUUUAACUCUAGAUCACAACCCCAACAACGACCUCUCUAAGACCCUUCUGUCCCUCAACCAGACCACGCCCUCUUCGUUCUUAUCUCCGCCUUCUUCCACCUCCUCAGUGGGCGGGACGGUCACGAGCCCUCUGGACCUCGGGACACUCAGCUUCGCCGAGUUGGAUGACCCUGCAGCCUCCAUGUUUAAUUCAGCCCUGAUGGCGGAUAUGGGGUUAGGGGAUAUUUUGAUGGAUGACAGCGGUGCUCUAUCGCCUGUAGAUGGCGCCGAUCCCCUGCUUUCCUCGGUUUCCCCGGGAGCGUCCAAAUCUAGCAGUCGUAGAAGUAGCUUCAGCAUGGAAGAAGACUUGUGACAUCUUUAAAUCCGACGAUAGUUUUCAUUUACGUUGCAAAUCCUGCUCGCGUGCUCCAUUGUCGGCCAGUAGAGGGCAGUGUAAUACUAAAGUCUUCAGUAAUCGCAGUACUGUAAAAGUCUGAGAUCCUCAAGACGUUUUUUUUUUCUUUUUUCUAGAGGUGACACAAAUAUAGAAAGACUUCAGGAGCAGACGCUGACCUUUAGAGCCUCAUUUGUUAUCAGGACCUCUGACAAAUAUAUAGAAGAAUAUGUACAUAGAGAAGAUUUAGUGCUAAACAUCUAUUUUGUUUUUAAUAUGCAGUUGUAUGAAAAGUAGCACUAUGAUAUUCAUUCGUGGACACUCUCCACAUGAAUUUAUUAGACAUGUUAAAAAAAAUCAUGCCUGAAUAGCAAAACUUAUUAUAAUUUUUUUAGUUUUAGACCUCACUCAUGUAGAGGGCUCCAAAAGUAAGAGACUUCAAACCUGGAAAUAUGCAGGAUUUAAAUGAAUAAAUGAAUCAUAAAAAAAAAUAUUUUAGAUUCUGCACUUAAAAAGAUACAAACCAAAUCCUAAGAACUUUAAAAUUAUGCUAAUGAUAUACACUAUCGUUCAAAGGUUUGCAGUCAGUAGGAUGUUUUGAAAGAAAUUAAUACUUUUAUUUAGAAAUGAUGCAUUUAAAUUGAAGUGACAUUUGUAUUGUUAAAAAAGAUUUCAGUUUUAAAUAAAUCUUUCAUUUCAUCAAAGAAUAAUAAACGUAAUGUAUCACAGUUUCCUCAAAAUAUUAACUUUUUAAAAAUAUGUAAUUCAAAAUAUAAUUUUAAUAUAAAGAUAUAUUGAUAACAAUGAAAAAAUAUAUUUCUUGAGCAUCAAAUCAGCAGAUAAAAUGAUUUCUGAAGGAUCAUGUGACACUGACAUCUGGAGUAAUGAUGCUGAAAAUUCAACUUUGAUCACAGGCAUAAAUUCUAUAUUCAAAUAAAAAAAUUUUUUUAUUUCAAAUUGUAAUAAUAUUUUACAAUAUUUACUAUAUUUUGGAUCAAAUAAAUGCAACAAAUGACUUAUUUCACAAACUUAAAAAAAACCUCACCAGACCCAAACUUUUGAACAAUAGUGUAAUUCCUAAUGAAAAUGUUAUAUUAAAUGAUAAAUGUCUCAGACGUUUGGAGCUGACAGUAUGCCAGUGUUUACAGUAGUACCUCAUCAGAUGCAAAAGGGACAGUUGUGGUUUUUUUUCACUUUUUUUGAAUGUCUGAGUGUGUUAUCUGCACAUCGUACAUUGUGCUUUUGAUAAAGGUGGCAGUAGACAUGUUUCUGAAAUGUCCUCAGGAAAGAAAAGAGAACAUCCUGUUCAGCUUGGCUUUCAUUUCCUGCUGGGAUUUUUGUGUUCUUCUUUGAUUCUGGUGUAUGAUUAUGGAGCUAAUUAAACCCAGCUUCCCGUCGAGCUUCUGAAAGAUGCAUGUUUGAUUUACAGGUAUCUCAGAUGGCAUGAAGAAACACUUCAAGAGUCAAAAUAUGCUUUACAUCAUAGAAAUGUUAUGAUCAAUAAGUCAUAGCAACAUAAAUGUUUAAUGUUAUGAGAUUCCACUCGAUUUUUUAAGUCAUGCUGAAUUACAGCCAAUUUGAUACUUAAAAUAUACUUCAAAAUUUAAGGCAGUAACUGACCAUGUUAAAAACAUUUUUUUAAAGGUUUUGGCGUUUAUUUUUUUAAUAUAUAUAUAUAUACAGACAUGAAGAGAAGGAGUAGUUUUUUGUGUACAUUAGCUAUAGUAGCUUUAAUGCAACAUUACAGCUCAUCUAUCUGUUGAUGUGUUUUUCUGAACUGUAUCUAAAUGUAUAUUAUAAGCUGAUUAGCACAAUAGCUAACGUGCAUUCAGAAAAGAGUUUUUAGUCUUUAUCACAUAUAUCAAGUUAUAUUGUGUAUUAAACAAUCUAUUUUCACUGCUGUUUACUA